AUGAGAGAAAUCCUUCAUAUUCAAGGAGGUCAGUGCGGAAACCAGAUCGGUGCUAAGAUCUGGGAAGUUAUUUGCGGCGAGCACGGUAUCGAUCACACCGGUCAGUACUGUGGCGGUUUAGAUCUACAGCUAGAGAGGAUUAAUGUCUAUUAUAACGAAGCAAGCGGAGGCAAGUACGUUCCUCGCGCUGUUCUUAUGGAUCUGGAGCCUGGUACUAUGGAUUCACUCAGAUCCGGUCCCUUUGUUCAGAUUUUUCGCCCUGAUAACUUCGUCUUUGGCCAGUCUGGUGCUGGAAAUAACUGGGCUAAAGGUCACUACACCGAAGGCGCUGAGUUGAUUGAUUCCGUUCUUGAUGUUUUAGGAAAGAGGCUGAGAACUGUGAAGCAUGGGUUGAUCAUUUUGCUUAUGAUGCUCUUGGUUGGUCUUCAAGUUUGUCAUUCGUUGGGAGGAGGAACUGGUUCUGGAAUGGGAACGCUUCUGAUUUCUAAGAUUAGAGAGGAGUAUCCUGAUCGUAUGAUGAUGACCUUUUCGGUUUUCCCUUCUCCUAAGGUUCGUCGGAAUCGUUUUACAACUUCUGGGCUCUUUAUUAAACUCAAUUUCACUGAUUCAUCGUUUCUCGUCAUGACGAUUCUUAUGUCUUGA